AUGAGUUCUGACGGCGAAAAGGCGAGAACCUCUGGCGAGGUCUCGCGCCCGGAGCCUACCUUGCCCACUGUCAAUCCCGCAGUCGACAAGGUCGAGCCUCCCAAGGCUGCAUUCCACCCUGCCGUCUAUGUCGGUGUCUGGAUCACCCUGAGCUCCAGCGUCAUUCUGUUCAACAAGCACAUCCUCGACUACGCUCAAUUCCCGAUCAUUCUUACGACAUGGCAUCUGGCUUUCGCUACCUUCAUGACCCAGGUUCUCGCGCGCACCACCACUCUGCUCGAUGGCCGCAAGACCGUCAAGAUGACCGGUCGUGUCUACCUCCGCGCUAUUGUCCCCAUUGGUCUCUUCUUCAGUCUCAGUCUGAUCUGCGGUAAUGUGACUUAUCUGUAUCUGAGUGUUGCCUUCAUCCAGAUGCUCAAGGCCACUACUCCCGUCGCUGUCCUGUUCGCCACCUGGGGUAUGGGUAUGGCCCCCGUCAACCUGAAGGUGCUCAUGAACGUUGGUCUCAUCGUUAUUGGUGUUGUCAUCGCCUCCUUCGGUGAGAUCCGCUUCGUCUUCAUUGGAUUCAUGUUCCAGCUGGGUGGCAUUGUCUUCGAGGCCACUCGUCUGGUCAUGGUCCAGCGCCUGCUCAGCUCUGCCGAGUACAAGAUGGACCCUCUCGUUUCCCUGUAUUACUUUGCGCCCGUCUGCGCUGUCAUGAACGGUGUCACUGCCCUCUUCCUUGAAGUCCCCAACCUGACCAUGGGCCACAUCUACAACGUUGGCGUGUGGACAUUGCUGGCCAAUGCCGUCUGCGCUUUCCUUCUCAACGUCUCCGUUGUCUUCUUGAUCGGCAAGACCUCUUCUCUCGUCAUGACUCUCUGCGGUGUCCUCAAGGAUAUCCUGCUGGUCGCCGCCUCCAUGAUGAUCUGGCAGACCCCCGUCUCUGGCACCCAGUUCUUCGGCUACUCGAUCGCCCUUAUCGGUCUCGUUUACUACAAGCUCGGCGGUGACAAGAUCAAGGAAUAUGCUGGCCACGCCAACCGCUCCUGGGCCGAGUACGGUGCUACCCACCCCGCCCAGCGCAAGUUCAUUGUGAUCGGUGCUGUUCUCCUGAUUUUCUUCCUCUUCAUGGGAUCCAUGGCCCCCAGCUACGCCCCCGAGUCUGUUGCCAACGUCAAGGGAAUGCUCGGUGGAGCCGCUGCUGGAAACGCCUGA